AUGGGUACCAUAUUGAGUCCAUUGAUCCAGGAUUCAACACGGAGUUACCAACAGUUGGCAACUCAAAUGACGAGAAUAGGAUAUUUUUUGGGAGCCCUAAAGGCUUGGGUCCGUCGGAAUCCUACGCCUCCUCCUCAACCGGAGACACCAGUUCAACAAGAGGAAAUGACGGAUGAUACUGUCGAACAGGAAUAUCAGGAAUUCGAACAAGUCUCAAGGGUGGCAAGAAGACCCCUUGUGGUACUGGUUAACCGUAACCAGGAUCCUGACCAGGUGGUCAGUCAGGUUCGACACUAUGCAGCCAUGGGGGAACAAAACCAAGAGGCUAUCGUUAAACGAAUCAUAGUGCGAAAAGGAGUAAGUCCUUACCUACAACGGCCAACUUACUCUUCGCCUCUACCAAAUUUUGUCUUACAAACAGAAUUGCCUAGGGGAUGGAAAGUCCCAAAAUUUACCAAGUUCGUUGGGGAUACUGAAGAAUCCAUCGUCGAGCACGUGGCCAGGUACCAGACCGAGGCUGGAGACAUAGCGAACAAUGAGGACUUGAAGUUAAAAUACUUCCCAAGUUCUCUUACAAAAAAUGCGUUUACAUGGUUCACAACGUUACCUCCACGGUCGAUCCAAACUUGGACACAAUUAGAGAGACUGUUCCAUGAACAAUUUUACAUGGGACAAUCAAAUAUCAACCUCAAAGAACUAGCUAGCGUUAAGCGAAAGGUUGUUGAGUCAGUUGAUCAGUACCUAAACAGGUUUAGACUGCUAAAAGCACAAUGCUUUACCCAAGUCCCUGAACAUGAACUAGUCGAGAUGGAGGUUGGGGGUCUAGAUUAUUCUAUAAGGAAAAAUCUGGAUACUCAGUAUCUUAGAGAUAUGGCCCAAUUGGCCGAUAGGGUUCGACCCAUCGAACGCUUGAAAACUGAGAAGUCCAAGGCGGGUUGUAAUACCCCAAAAUUUACCCUUCAUUUUUCUUGGAAGCUUGGGAUUAUGUCUUACAUUUCAUUAGCAUCAUACUAG